GUGAGGCGCCGAGCGGAACGGCCUCUGGUGACAUUUUCUCCGGGCGGCGCGGACGAGUGAAGGGACUUGGUGGUGAAGGCUGUGGAGGUGGCGAAAUUCGCUUUAGCUUCGGCGGGGCUUUGACCGCGACCCUCUGCUCGCCGCUGGGGCUUCUGCUGAAGAGGAGAAGGCGGCGGUGGCCGUCGCGUCCCGAGUCACCGCGGCCGGGGGAGUCCCGGCCGGGGGGUCGGUCAGUGCCCCGACGGGGCGCGCGGAGCGGGCGAGGAGGUGCAGAGCUGCCGCGGAGCUCAGGUUGCUUUCCUGUUGCAUCUUUGACCUAGUUUCCUAGACUCUGCUCCAUGAUUUAACUUGAAAGUCUGAAAUGAAGAUGGAGGAGGCGGUGGGAAAAGUCGAAGAGCUCAUUGAGUCUGAAGUCCCGCCAAAAACAUCUGAACAAGAGACAACUAAGGAAGAAGAUGGAUCUGUAGAACUGGAAUCUCAAGUUCCAAAAGAUGGGGUAGUGGAUUCUACCGUUCUGUCUUCUAUGCCCUGCUUAUUGAUGGAACUGAGAAGGGACUCUUCUGAGUCUCAGUUAGCAUCCACAGAAAGUGACAAGCCGACCACUGGCCGAGUUUAUGAGAGUGACUCCUCUAAUCACUGCAUGCUUUCUCCUUCCUCUAGUGGUCACCUGGCUGAUUCAGACACUUUGUCUUCUGCAGAAGAGAAUGAACCCUCUCAGGCAGAAACAGCCGUGGAAGGAGACCCUGCUGGAGUGUCUGGUGCCACAGUUGGGCGCAAGUCUCGGCGUUCCCGAUCUGAAAGUGAAACAUCUACCAUGGCUGCCAAGAAAAACCGGCAAUCCAGUGACAAACAGAACGGCCGAGUCGCCAAGGUUAAAGGUCAUCGGAGCCAAAAGCACAAGGAGAGAAUCAGGCUACUGAGGCAGAAAAGGGAGGCUGCUGCACGGAAGAAGUACAACCUGUUGCAGGACAGUAGUACCAGUGAUAGUGACCUGACUUGUGACUCAAGCACGAGCUCAUCAGAUGAUGAUGAAGAGGUUUCAGGGAGCAGCAAGACAAUCACUGCAGAGAUACCAGAUGGACCUCCAGUUGUAGCUCAUUAUGAUAUGUCUGACACCAACUCUGACCCAGAAGUGGUAAAUGUGGACAAUUUAUUGGCGGCUGCAGUAGUUCAAGAGCACAGUAAUUCUGUAGGAGGCCAGGACACAGGAGCUACCUGGAGGACCAGCGGGCUUCUAGAGGAGCUGAAUGCGGAGGCAGGUCAUUUGGAUCCAGGAUUCCUAGCAAGUGACAAGACCUCAGCUGGCAAUGCACCUCUCAAUGAAGAAAUUAAUAUUGCCUCUUCAGAUAGUGAAGUGGAGAUUGUGGGAGUUCAGGAACAUGCAAGGUGUGUUCAUCCUCGAGGAGGUGUGAUUCAGAGUGUCUCCUCAUGGAAGCACGGUUCUGGCACGCAGUAUGUCAGCACCCGGCAAACACAGUCAUGGACUGCUGUGACUCCCCAGCAGACUUGGGCUUCACCUGCGGAAGUUGUUGAUCUUACCUUGGAUGAGGAUAGCAGACGUAAAUACCUACUGUAAUACAAUGUCACUGUGUUUCCUCUGCACUGUUCCCUUCUACUUCCUCCUCCUCCUCUUUGUGACAUGGAAGUUCAUUGUCAUAGCUUCAGCCUCAGAAGCUGUUUGUGGCAUUUGUAUAAUCGAAACUCAUGGAAAAUUGCCCCCCCCACACCUUUUUUUUUUUUUUAAAUUAAAAGAAGUCACUUAGGAAAAUAACCUAGCACAGAGAAAAGAAUUUUUUCUUUCCCUCAGUAGGAAUAUGAGAAUGAUGAAUUUAUUAGACAGCUUCAUUUUACUUGGUGACUUUUGAUCUUAGGAAACUCUUCCUCCUAGAAUAAUAUUUUAAUUACUAAGUGAAAUGGAUUUCAGUUUUUGAAUCUUGUAUUUAUUUUUCUGUGUAAUAAAAUUAAUAUCUAGACUUGACCACUGUCAGCCCACCCAUUGGCACUCCUACCUUAGGGCAUUUGCACACAUUUAGUCAGGUCCUUCUUGGCACCUAGUAGGGCAUGUGCAUUUGAAAACCUGUCCUUAAAAAUAGAAGACAGAAGUAUUACUUUUCUUUUAGCUUAAGUCUUCUGCCUUCUUUCCUGACUUUGCUCCUGGCUGACUUCCCACAACACAAAUAAUUGAUAUGGCCCUUUGUGUUUAUAAAUACUGCUAAGGUGACUUAGUUGGUCUCCUUGUUGCAAUAAUUCAUAACUCUUUGGAAAAUGUCUGCUUUUGGGGCAGAGGCAUUUCAGAUAGAUACCCACCAUGAGGUUUUCUGGGCAUGCGAGGAGAGUAUUGAGAGAUCAGUAGGAAAAUCUCUCUCCAUCAGCUUUUUUUCCCUGGUUUGUUCAAAUAAUGGGAGAACACAGAAACCUACUACUUAGGUAGAAUAUGAAAAGUUGUGUUCACCUCUAAGACUGUGGGCACUUAUAAGUCUGAGAAGACUGUGCCUUCUUUCACAGCUGGUCUCUCCAGAGAGGAGGUACAACAAUUGUUUAACACUUGAGCUGAAAUAGACCUGAUGCUGUAUUUGGGUAUUUUUCUCCUCUACCAUCUAAAAGUGG